GGGUCCGAGGCGCGGGGGUGCCUGGCCCGGGCAAGGACUGGGGUGCGGCAUCGCCGCCGCUACGGCGGCGGCUCUCCGCUCCGGUCCCGGUGUCUGAAUCCCUGCCGGGCGCCUCGCAAUCUCGGCUCAUUUUCUCUAAGCUAUACAAGUUCACGGACGAGCUACCUAGCCAGCCCUCCUCUCCCGUCAUGGACCUCCCAGGCUGCUGCGUGCCGCCCUCCCUCUGAGAAGGCUCCCUCGCCCCGCGCACGGGAGGAGGCGGAGGAGGAGAAGAAGGGGAGGAAGGCGCGGCCGCAGCCGCCGCUGCCCAGCCGCCGUCCCGCAGAGCGCUGGCCGCAGGGCGCCGCGGCGGCAGCAGGCGCGCAGCCCCCUCCGCCUCCCCGCCCGCCCGCGGCGGCGGCGCGGGGCGCCCGCAGGUCGGCAGCGAUCCGGAGCGGCGGCGGCGCGGCGCCGGGCAUGGGGCGGCGGCGGCGGGGGGCGCUGCCCGAGCCGGCGGGCGGCUGCUCCUGCUGCCUGGCGGCGGCGCUGCCGCUGCUGCUGCUGCUGCUGCCCGCCGGGUGUCCGGUGCGGGCGCAGAACGACACGGAGCCCAUCGUCCUGGAGGGGAAGUGCCUGGUGGUCUGCGACUCCAGCCCCUCGGCCGACGGCGCCAUCACCUCCUCCCUGGGGAUCUCGGUGCGCUCGGGCAGCGCCAAGGUGGCCUUCUCGGCCACCCGCAGCACCAACCACGAGCCCUCCGAGAUGAGCAACCGCACCAUGACCAUCUACUUCGACCAGGUAUUAGUUAAUAUUGGCAACCAUUUUGAUCUUACUUCCAGUAUAUUUGUAGCACCAAGAAAAGGGAUAUAUAGUUUCAGUUUCCACGUGGUCAAGGUCUAUAACAGACAAACCAUCCAGGUAAGUUUAAUGCAAAACGGCUACCCAGUGAUUUCAGCUUUUGCAGGAGAUCAGGAUGUCACCAGAGAAGCAGCCAGCAAUGGGGUCUUGCUCCUCAUGGAAAGAGAAGACAAAGUGCACCUCAAACUGGAAAGGGGUAACCUCAUGGGAGGGUGGAAAUAUUCAACUUUUUCCGGCUUCUUAGUCUUUCCACUAUAAAAGAAGGCCAAAUAGGAGACAGAUCCAUGAGCUGGAGCAAGGAUUCAAUUGUUAAUGACACCCUGAACUUGGCAGCACAUGACAAUAUUUUCAGUCACCCCGUCAGACUGUCACAGUAGAAGAAUGAUAACCUUCUAAACUCCAACAUUUGCUUUGAAUAUUGACAAUUCCUUGGAACCUGCGCCUCUAAUUAGUUUUAGACGACAGUGAUCUUUAGGAGAAAUGAAAUUAUCGACCUGAGCAAUUUGUACCUGUGAUUGUAAAGUCAAUUUUGGAUUUUAUUGUUGGGAUCAUUGACUUUCUUAUUCUUUUUAUUAUUUCCUCUCUUUCAUUUUUUACUCUUUUUCUUUCUCUUGUUGUUGUCCCAAUGAAGCAAAUAACUCGGACCACAGAAUUGCUUUAUCAAAGGCUCUCUCCAGGGCCAGAAGAACGGAGCGUUCAGCCCAAUGAGGUGUUCUUUCCAUGCUUGAUUUCUUUGUGUUGUAUAGCCUUAAGGAAAAAAGAAAAAAAAAAAAAAAGAAAAGAAAAAAAAAAGAAAAAAAAGAA